AAAUUCCUUCCCAGUCCAGCUCGGUGGGAAGCUAUCUCGAACGCUAGUUAUCAGAUCUUCUUUAGUGGCGUUUGCGACAGAAACCGUCCGACAGUCGGUCGUAGCAGCUGUAACCAUGAAAUCUUUCAUCGAUUACUCAACAUCGUGCGAUUUUCCGAUUGAAAAUUUGCCAUACGGCGUCUUCUCUACAAAGGACAAGCCAGAUAAAAAGAUAGGAGUAGCAAUCGGUAACGAAAUUUUAAAUUUGGAUGCUAUCGCAAAUUAUUUUGAUGGACCAUUGUUACAAAGUAAGCAGGAUGUGUUUCGUCGUGAUUGCCUCAACGAUUUCAUGUCUCUUGGAAGACCAGCAUGGCUAGAAGCAAGAGCAAAACUUCAAGAUCUUCUUUCUGUCAAUAAUCAUACUUUGCAAGACCCAGAAGUCCGCUCUAAGGUUUUCGUCGCACAGAAAGAUGCUACGAUGCAUUUACCAGCCAAAAUUGGCGAUUAUACUGAUUUUUAUUCAUCUAUUAAUCAUGCUACAAAUGUCGGCAUCAUGUUCCGUGGUAAAGAGAAUCCUUUGAUGCCAAAUUGGAAAUACUUACCAGUCGGUUAUCACGGAAGAGCAAGUUCCGUUGUUGUGUCAGGCACACCCAUAAAGCGACCGUAUGGUCAAACAUGCCCGGUUGAAGGUGCAGCACCUGUUUAUGGACGUUGUUUAUUAAUGGAUUUUGAGCUGGAAGUUGCCUUCUUCGUCGGUGGACCACCUACAAAUCUUGGAGAUACCAUACCAGCUUCGAAGGCGCAUGAUCACAUCUUCGGGAUGGUUUUAAUGAAUGAUUGGAGCGCAAGGGAUAUUCAAAAAUGGGAAUACGUCCCAUUAGGACCAUUCGGCUCAAAGAAUUUGGGCACUACAAUUUCUCCUUGGAUUGUUACGAUGGAAGCUCUAGAGCCUUUUAAGGUACCAAAUAUGGCUCAAGAUCCAGAACCCUUUCCUUAUUUGCAACAUGACGAAUCUUGUAACUUUGAUAUUAAAUUGGAAGUUGAUCUGAAACCUCCAAGUGGUGUAGUCACAACCUUGACCAGGAGUAAUUUCAAGUAUAUGUAUUGGACUCCGCGACAGCAAUUAGCGCAUCAUACGGUCACCGGGUGCAACAUUAAUCCUGGCGAUUUGAUGGCUUCCGGCACUAUAAGUGGAACUGAGCCGGAUUCUUACGGUUGUAUGCUGGAGUUGUCUUGGAAAGGCACACAUACCAUUCCGUUAAAAGAUGGUACUACAAGAAAAUUCCUUCAGGAUGGCGAUGAGGUGAUCAUUCGCGGUUAUUGUGUUGGCGAUGGUUAUAGAGUUGGAUUCGGAUCAUGCACAGGUAAAUUGUUACCUGCUAAUGCAAACUGAAAUUGGUGCACAAAAUUACAUUUAUAUUUUGAUCUUUUAUAUUUUGUAUUUGAUUUUUACGUAAUAAAUGUUUCAUUAUGUGCUUA